GUCGGGUUUCGAAUCCCAGAGCCGACCCUCACCCCCGGCCGGAGCGGCUGAGCCGCCGGCCAGCCUUUGCCCCUCGCAUCAAUCAUUAACGGGUCGGCCUGGGCUGCGGAGGCCCGAGAAGGGGGAUGGAGCAGCUACGAGGAGGCUCGGGUCUGGUCUUGAACCUGCAGCGACGCCCCCGGAGCAGGCACAAAGGCCCCGACGGCGACCGGCCGGGGCUGCCUAGCGCGCGGGAGCCGGCGCCAGAGAUCGCCUGCGUGCGCCCUAGUGGAGCCCCGAGCACCAUGCCGCGGCGCCUGCAGCCCCGGGUCACGGGCACAAAGGGCCCUCCCGCCACGGCUGCCGCAGCUUCGGGGGCCAACCGGCAUUCUCUUCCCGCAGCCUCCGGGGACCUCCCAGCGUCUGCCAAGCAGUUACUGCGUUGGGACGAGGUCCCCGACGACUUCGUGGAGUGCUUCAUCCUGUCGGGCUACCGGCGCCUGCCAUGCACGGCGCAGGAGUGUCUGGCCUCGGUGCUGAAGCCUACCAAUGAGACGCUCAACUUCUGGACGCACUUCAUCCCGCUGCUGCUGUUCUUGAGCAAGUUCUGUCGCCUAUUCUUCCUGAGCGGCCGCGAUGUACCCUUCCACCACCCGUGGCUGCUGCCCCUGUGGUGCUAUGCGUCGGGUGUUCUGCUGACCUUCGCCAUGAGCUGCACGGCGCACGUGUUCAGCUGCCUGUCGCUGCGCCUGCGCGCCGCCUUCUUCUACCUGGACUACGCAUCCAUCAGCUACUAUGGUUUCGGCAGCACAGUGGCCUACUACUACUAUCUGCUGCCMGGCCUGAGCUUGCUGGACGCCAGAGUCAUGACCCCGUAUGUACAGCAGCGCCUCGGCUGGCACGUGGACUGCACACGCCUCAUUGCCGUCUAUCGUGCGCUGGUGCUGCCGGUGGCCUUCGUGCUGGCUGUGGCAUGCACGGUGGCCUGCUGCAAAAGCCGCACCGACUGGUGCGCCUAUCCGUUYGCCUUGCGCACCUUCGUCUUCAUCAUGCCGCUCAGCAUGGCCUGCCCCAUUAUGCUGGAGAGCUGGCUCUUCGACUUGCGUGGCGAGAACCCAACGCUCUUCGUGCACUUCUACCGUCGCUACUUCUGGCUGGUGGUGGCCGCCUUCUUCAACGUGAGCAAGAUCCCCGAGCGCAUCCAGCCAGGCCUCUUCGACAUCAUCGGCCACAGCCACCAGCUCUUCCACAUCUUCACCUUCCUCAGUAUCUAUGACCAGGUGUACUACGUGGAGGAGGGCCUGCGCCAGUUCCUCCAGGCCCCACCUGCUGCGCCCACCUUCUCGGGCACCGUUGGCUACAUGCUGCUGUUGGUGGUUUGCUUAGGGUUGGUCAUCAGGAAGUUCCUAAACAACCCCGAAUUCUACAGUAAAAAGUGAGCCUCCGCCAUGGAGGAGGCUACUGGUUUGCCCGCCUGUUUGUUUGGAAUUUAUGUUGUUGCUGUUGUUGGUUUGUUUUCAAGUUUUCUUGUGUUUCCUUCUUUGCUCAAGGAGGGUGCUGCAAAACCACAAGGGAAAGGUCCACUGCUGCUAGGGGAUCCUAGCCCACUUGGGGCUGAGGAAGAGAAAGAGAGAGGGAUCAAAUAGGAGGCAGAGGGCCACAAUAGUUCUUGCCCUUGGAAAAAAAAGUCAGGUGGUGUCUUUGACAUCUGGAGAUUUUGCAAACACAGAGAAUAAAAUCCCAAAUAAAACCCCAGUUUGCUUUUCCAGUUGUCUUCUGUGUCAGUGGUGAUAACAAGAAGCCCUUGUGAGGUCAGGUAUGCAAUAAGGAGGAUAAAUAGACAGAAUCCCUGGGUACUUCCAUUUUAGUCUGAGGAAUGCUUGGAUUUGUCAAAGAAUGGAGCUUUGUAGGAAACGGGCACAAAGACACAAACCCAGGGCUUAACCUGCUAGAAAAUGCAUGGAAUGUGAACACAAGUUAAUUAUUUGAAUACGUUUCUCAGAUGUUAUUUAAAUAAUAAUAUAUAUGAUGAUUUUGCAUAAUUUAUCAAAGCCUGUGAUAUGCACUGAAUUUUCUUUGUCACAUAGUUUUGAAUUUUGUAGCCUUUUGCAUUGCACACUUGAACUGGACAUCAGGGCAAGCUGGUUGAGAGUACUYGAUUACUUUUUUAAACAGUAUUUUCUGAAGGCCUAGGAGUGUCAAGAUACAACUGUGAAUGACUACCUUAGGGACUCUGGUUAGACUAUUGGUGAGGCGCUCAAGUGGUUUGUAGAGAUCCCAGAUUCCUAUUUACUUUAAUGUAUUCCACAAAACCCAUCCUGGCUUUUUUGUUUUGUUUGUUUUGUUUUUAAUCUUCUUCUUUUSUUCUCUAUUUGUUUAAAUUGCCACUGGAAUAAAUGUGCCUUUUAAAGCAAUGCCCAAA